CAAAACAGGAAGAGAAAAGCAUUUUCGUUUUACCCGAUCGCUAUCAGUAGCUAUACCCAGUUACCAAAGAGUAUCACUGUAGUUCAUUGCUAUUCCCAGGAUAGAGAGUUUUGAACGGUGGAACCAACAAGGUUGCUGUGGAAACUGUGCUGACCUCUGAGGAAAACUGGAAGCAAUUUGGUUGUUUGUACAACAGUGGAGCCAACAAUAAUACUGCUUGGAAACAGCUUCAGUCUGCUUCUUCAGUCAGAGAGCAGGACCAUGGCGGAAUUUAACAGCAGCCAGGAGCAGAUGAUCAGGACGGACAGCUUCACCUGGGAGAUCGACCUCAUCAAUAGAGACCCCAAGCAAAUCAAUGAGGACGUCAUCAAGAUCAGCUUUGAAGAUGUGAUCGCAGAGCCUGCUGGGACACACAGUUUAGACUGUGUGUGGACAGGCAGCAACAUCACCUUCACAGGGACAAAGUACUGCUGUUACCGCACCCUGACUGCCAUCUUGGGCAUCCCUUUGUCACUUAUCUGGGGCUUCACGUUUGCUUGUCUGUCAUUUUGGCACAUCUGGGUUGUUGCUCCCUGUAUUAAGAGCUUUCUGAUUAAUAUGCACUGUGUGAGCCAAUACUUCUCGCUGUACAUACGCAUCUUCAUUGACCCAUUCUUUGAGGCAAUGGGGAAGAUAUACAGCAGUGUGAGGGUGGUUUUACAAAAGGAGGUGUAAGAUCUGUACAGCUGCUUUACCCUGUCACGAAGAUUAAUUUCUGGACAUUUCACUGACUUUUAGAAGAUCCACAACACAUUAGGCUGCAAGGGUGCAAGAUUAAUGAUUGUCAUUUUCGUUGGUUAACAUUUUGAGCUGAUUUAGUGUCUAUUGCUGGAUUGAAUUUCAAUGAUGUCGGGCUACAACUAACAAUUAUUUACAUUGUAAAGUGUCAACUUGCUCAUGUUUUUCAUUAAGUGAUUAGUUGUUUAGUCUUUAAAAUGUCAGAUAUAGUGAAAAAUGUCAAUCAGGGUUGCCCAAAGCCCAAAAUAUUUUGUAGACUUUUAUAUAGCAGUAAAAAAAUCCAGAAAAUAUUUACAUUUAAGAAGCUGGAAUGAGAUAUUUUGUAACCUUUUUUAUCUCUAAAAAUCACUGCAGCUCUACAAUGAUGUUUCUUUUUUUACAGCAAAACCUGACAAUUGACAACCAUGAAUUUCACUGUUUUUACAUUUUCACUUGUGUGAACCAGACAAACAUCAAAUAAAUCAUGCUUCAAGUUCAAUGGUU